AGUCUUCAAAUGUAACCGACAUGCUCGACCUGUUUGUUAACGCCCUCAAAGCUGAGCCACCUUCCUUGGCCACCAAGUCGCCAUGGACCCGCGCCGCGCCUACAUGGAGCUGGUGGCGCUGGACAAGCAGCUGCGGGAUCUGCUGCGCGCCAACCCGCUCAACGCUCAGGAUGCCAACGCGCUGCGUCGCCGGCUCAUGGACGCCGCAACGCGCCUGGCGGAUGCGCACCCGGCCUUUGCAGCUAACAAGGAGGUGGAGCAGGCGCUGUGGAAGCCCUGCUUCUAUCGCCGCAUUGAGGACUUCCGUCGACGCAUUCGUAAGUAUGCGACAGCAGCACAGACGGACCGCAACGUUCGCGAACACUUUGCGCGUGUGUCCAGCGAGUUCCAGCAGUUCCUGACCGAAUCCGCAGCCUUCUACGCGCACUUAAGAGACGUAUUCGCCUCGUGGCUGCAGACGUCUCAGGACGACAUUGAUGCCAUCGUACGCUGUCGUCAGAGCUUGCACCACUGCUACGUGUUCCUAGGAGACUUGGCGCGCUAUCGGGAGCUGCAUAGCCAAAAGGCUAAGAAGAACUUUGCAGCAGCUGAAGCCUUGUACCAUCGCGCGUUGGCUGUACUGCCGGAGAAUGGCAAUCCGCACAACCAAUUGGCAGUAUUGGCCACGUACGUGGAGGCGGAGACUGUGGCAGUGUACCGGUACUGCCGCAGUUUAUUGACCUCGCAGCCGUUCACGACUGCGGAGGAGAAUCUCGCCCUGCUCUUCGAACGCAGUCGCCAACGUCCAUUGGCGGCUCCGAUCACGUUUACAUCGUCGUCUCCAUCGUCGAAGGAGAAGUCGGCGUUCUUGAAGAGCUAUUUGCACCGUCUGACACGGAUGCAUGGCAUCUUGUUCGCGCUCUCAUCGCCACGUGGAUCGCCGACAGCUUCACGUAGCAACAGCGAGUCAUCGAUGCCAGUGUACCCGCGAGACAUGGAGGCUGUACUGUUCAAGGACAUGAGGACGUUGCUGCAUGCAGGUGUAAUCGGUGAUGCGUUGCUGCUGAAGAUCGUGGUGACGAACAUUUUCUGCAUCAUUCGAGCCUCAGACUCGCGCUCACAAAGUUCCCCCCUCGAAGAUGCGCUACGUCUCUCGAUUCGAACGAUUACGAGUGUUAUGGAGUUCCUUUUGGACAACUUGGACAUCAAACCGACGGCUGCAGCCAAUGGGAAAGCGCCGAAGGAUCCAGCACUCUCGGCAUUUCGACUUGUAGGCCCUGUGACGGUGUUUUAUGACUACCUGGAGCUGCAUCCUGAUAUGCUGGAGCAACUAGAACAGCUUUUGGUGCAUCGUCAGAAGAAACUCUAUAGUGAUGUGGCUACGAGUAACCAGGGAACUGGCGCAGAUCAGUUCGCUUCGGUUUUUCUUGAAACUUUGACGAAACUGGUCAACCAUGCUCGUGUUCGUGGACUAUACGCUCCGUUGGUAGGGGGGGCAGGGCGAAAUUCCGACGAGGUACCAUCUGCUAUAAGUGAGCAACAGCAUUUACUGAAGGAGAGUCUCGAACUUCGAGGGUUUGCGCCACUGGAACAGGAUGAAGUGAAGUCUACGUGGCAGGACGAAUGGGCGCUGCAAACGUCUGCUACAGGAGCGAAUAGUGCGUCACAGGUGACACCGUUGGCGGACGCUGAAGCCGCGAAAGUUCGUGCGUGGAAGUUGUAUCAUUUCGCGUGCUACUUGUGCAAUGGCUACGAAGGAAAUCCGCUGCUCUUCUGUGGUGCGUCGGGCCAGUUCACGACUUCACCGGUUGUUGGCAAGGAAAAUACUCAACAGGAUAAUGGCACGCAACAAGCGUUUGCUUCAUUAAACCUUGGAUUUCUGUCGUCCGAGAGCAGCAAUCAACAGCAGACGCAGCCACUCGGUAAUGGUUACAGUGUUGGAACUGGCGUGGAUGAGGACGACGAUUUCGACGACGAAGUGAUCGUGUUCCAGCCGUCGCCAGGGCUAAGAGGAAUGUCGGAGAACCAGUCUACCAAGCUGUACGGGGGAUACGCUCCUCCUUUGGAUUCGCUAGCUGGUGGAAGUGCCUUCAGCCUUCGAGCUCUGAGUCCGAUCUCACCUGCAGAUGACCAGAAACACGCCAGCUUUAAUCACCAAAGCAAUGCAUUUGGUGCUGGGAACGGUCAUUUUGGUACGUCACUGGGUUAUCCAAGUUUCAACACGUUUAACGAUGCUGGGAGCUUUUCCAGCCAGUCUCUGCUAUCUGGAUGGGGAAACAGUACGACUGGCAACAACAAUACCGGUAUGUUGGGGAACAACCCCGGCCUAGGUCUCGGCAUGCCAUUCAGCGGACAGGGCACCGACUUUACCUCCGGAGGACCGCAGGGUCUUGGUUUAGGUAGCAACCGCGUCGACAAUAGUCGACCCUUUGCCCCCAUGGCGGACUUGGCUGCUGUAGAGCGCGAAUCCGCUCUGUAUCAGCAGAGAACUUCGAGCUUGAGCGCGUUUUUGGGCUCAUCGACGCCAUCGACUCAGACCGAGACGCAGGACCCGUCACCUCCGCGGAUUCCGACACGCCCUCCUCCAGGUUUUGCAGCUGCUUCAAUGGGAACUCAUCAGCAGCCAAACUCGUUCUUCAACCCGUAGAGCUCGCCACAUUUCGGCUGCUUUAUCGAUCUCGUUGAUUCAACGAACACAAAAGAGAGGUGACUGGGUGACCGACUCUGGGCAUCAACAACGAAGGUGGCAGAUGUGAUGCAGGUGAAGAAGCUGGGAGAGCGAAUUCUCUUGAACGACCAUGAUACAAGUCGCUAUGCAGCGAAAUUAUGGAGGUCGCUUGCCCCGAAACAGCACAAGACUACCUACCCUACCUCUCCAUUAUCAACUGGCAUCUAAAAGACGAAGACGACGCGACCAAGAACAAACACCGACACCUGCAGUGAGAAAACGCAUCACUAGCAGAGAACUUGCAGCUCUUUGACAUUCAGCACAGAUACCCACCCGUACGAACCGCUCGAUAGGGAGCAAUAUUGUAGUCGUGGAAUCGAUAAAAGAAAAAUAGGACAAAGCAAGUGAAAAAUACCCAGAAACUCUUGAAAUUUGUUGCACCACC